AUGGCGUCGCCCGCGGAUGGCGUCGAGCUGGACAUGCUCGAUCACGGCGAGUGGGGCGUGCCGUCCCCUGCGCCGCGUGGGCGUGCGCCAUGGUGGCGGCCAGCGUGGCUACGCGAUGCGCGCGGGCGGAUUGGGGUCGUCUCGGUGGUGCUUUUCCUCGGCCUGAGCUGGUACUUUUCCAUGCCGAGUACGCUGUACGCGUACGCCGUGGUGGUGUGCUUCACGUGCCCGAUGCUGUUGUGCCACCUGCUGUAUCGUCGCGCAUGGGCUACGACCUCGCUCGUCCGCCGCACGGUGCUCGUUGUGGUCACAGCCUGGGUGGCGCUCAGCGCGCUGCGUGGCUGGGCGCCGGCGCAUCUGCCCGUGCCGCCGGCGUGGCGUGCGUCGAAUGACACGUACUUUAUUGCGUCGAUUCUGUACAACGCCGAGCGCAUUUUGCCGCAGUACACGGACUCGCUGGUGUCGUUCGCCCGCGACGUGGGCGUGGAGCGUGUCUACGUGUCGGUGCUGGAGAACGACUCGCAGGACAGGACGCCGGCGAUGCUCGAGGCGCUGCGCCGCACGUUGGAGCGCGCUGGCGUGCGCCACACGAUCGUCUCGGCGCCGCUGCCUGCGUCGAUCCGCUCGUUCGAGCGCAUUCAGCGGCUCUCGACGCUCCGGAAUAUGGCGAUGCGGCCGCUGUACGACGACGUCCGCAUGCCCAUAUCGAAGGUCGUAUGGAUCAAUGACGUGCUGUUUACGCCGCACAUGCUGCACCACCUCGUGCACACGCUCGACGGCACGUACGACCAGGCGUGCGCGCUCGACUACUUCUGGCUCGGCUUCUACGACACGUGGGUGCUGCGGGAUCAGUACGGCGAGACGGUGCGUCCGCUGUGGCCGUACUUCCGACGCAAGGACGAGCGGCGCGCCGUCGACGCCCAGCAGCCGAUCCCCGUCAACGCGUGCUGGAACGGCGUCACGGUGUUUGACGCGCGCUGGUUCACCAACGCCACGCCGCCCGUCCUCCGCCGCGAGCCGGCCGUGGCCGACUUGCCGCCGCCGCCGAUCGAGCGCGCAGACGGCCUCGACUACCCGGCCAAGCUCCCACUGCAGUUCCGCACAUGCGCCCCCUGCAACGCGUCCGAGUCCAUCCUCACGAGCGUCGACAUGCACCGCCUCGCGAGCCCGCACCGACCCCGCAUCUUUGUGAAUCCCGCCGUCAAAGUCGCGUACGACUACCCGAGCUACUACUUGUACAACCACAUGCUCACCUGGUACGUCAUGCAGCCGUGGCGCUACGUGUGGGAGACAUGGAUCGAGCGCCGCCUCUUUAGCUGGAUCGCGAACCUCGGCAACCGCUGGGAUCCGUGUGCGCCGCUGCUGCAGCGCCAGUGGGCCACGGACGCCGCCUCGUGGACGUAA